UUUGGUGCUUAAAACUCGGACUCCGUCUAUAUUUGAAUGGAUCUCCUCCGCCAGUUCAGUUAUCGGCCUGCAUGAUCUGUUUGUCAGUUUCAAUCUCCCACUCCCAAGAAUAUUUACCCCAAUAUGGAGUUUUUUCUCUCCCACCUUUCGGAGCUUAUAAUUUCUAUCCCGUUUUGUUUUUCAUCAUAGGACCAUAUAAUAUUUCUCAGGUUUACAUGUUUUUCAAGCCUUGGAUAUGAAUUCCGGAGAUAUAAAACGUCAACCUUGUCAGAACUUUUUUCCUCCAAACAAGUUAUGUAGUUUGGUAUUCUUCCGUUCAGACGUCUAUUGUUGAGUUUGUGUCAUUUUUGGCUUUCUCAAGAAAUGGCAAUUAACCUAUACUCCGAAAGCUCUAAUACGGCUACGAGUCCUAGGAUUUCAUUUUCUCAUGAUUUUUGCCAAUUCGAUGUUGUACCUGUUGAACGCCGCCCUCUUCGAUCAAACUCCUCGGGUUUGGGCUCGAGCAUCGAUUUCGACUUCUGUGUUCACGAGAGUUUCGAUCAAGAGUCUUCUUCUGCAGACGAGCUUUUCUCUGAUGGGAAAAUGAUUCCUACUGAAAUCAAGAAAAAGGUGAACGUUCCCUCAAAGCAAAUGGAUCAGUACUGCGGUUCUCAUCCUCCAAUGCCCCCACCACGUGCUGUUAGUGGUGAAAGUUCAAAGCAAGAAAGCGCCAAGGAAAGCAAGACUACGAGUAAUGAAGCGGAUGAGAAGCAAAAUUCCAAGUCAUUUUGGCGGUUUAAGCGUAGUAGUAGCUGUGGCAGGGGAUAUGGUAGGAGCCUGUGCCCAUUACCGGCACUUCUCUCGCGGAGCAACUCAACAGGAUCUGCAGCAAAUCUUAAGCGAGCUCCAUUUUCGAAUGAUGGUCAAAAUUCUAAGCAGAGUUCUCAGAAACAUUUAUCAACAAAAGCGUCACGAUCUUCUGUUUCAACGAGUUAUCCAAAGCCUCCAUUGAAGAAGGGUCAUGGAGCAUAUGGUAAUGGUGUUGGGAUUAAUCCCAUUUUAAAUGUUCCUUCGGCUAAUUUAUUCGGCUUAGGUUCAAUCUUCUCCAAUGGCAAAGACAAGAACAAGAAGUGAUUGAUCACCUUAAUUUGCUCUAAUGAUAUGAUCGAUAAUUCCUGCUUCUAAUUAACUUUUGCAGAUAGGUAGUGUGGAUUGAGUCAUGAUCAUCUUUAAUUUCCUAUAUGUUUCUUGAUAGUCCAUGUGAUUAAGAAAUUAAAAAUACAUCUAGAAUGUGAAAGAGUAAUCAGUUUAUCGAGAAAACAAAUAGAUAAAGAGGUGUAUGUGAUGGAAGAGACAAGGAACGGCAUAAUUCAAGCGCACAUGCUUUGGAACACUAGAUGACAGGUAACGGUUGCUUUCAUGGCUGUCCCAUGCUGUUCUUCUUUAUAUGCUUUUGGUCUUUGCUCACACAUGGUGUACAAGCUGCUUUGAUUUGGUUCCCUUAUCACUAGCUCUUUACUUGAAGAGUAAAGACUAGGAUUAGGUACGUACGUAGUCGAUCGGUUGUAAGCGAGGAGUGUUUUGAAUAUGAGAGAUGAACCAUAUAUUUGUUUUCUGUUGUUCUUGUUUGUUUUGACUGGUGUUCUAAUAAUAAUGGCUUCUUUCCUCUUA